AUGGAAUGCGAUGAUGAAUCUUCGUUAGGGAAAUCACCAUCAGGAUUUAAAUUUCAAAUUACUAGAUUGUACACCUAUAGUACCUUAGUUUUACUAUAUACUCUCGUUUCUUUUCACAAACAAUGUACAUCUGUUUUACAAAAAGAUAUUGCUAAAGAAUACAAUGUCGAAGAGAACAAAAUUACAAUAUUUUCAUCUAUUUACUUUUACCUUUAUGCAUGUUCUCAACCAUUUGCAGGCUUAUUUGCAGAUCUGUUAGAUCCUACAAUUAUUGUAGGUGUCACUGGAUGCAUUGCUGCAAUUGGGUCAAUAAUAAUUGGAGCAUCUAAAUCACUUGCAGUUGGUAUUUUCGGAAGAUUGCUUGUCGGUUUGGGAUGUGGACCGACUUAUGUAUCAACAUGUCGUGUUAUUACAAAUUGGUUCAAACUAGAGCAUUUGCCUAUAUACAUGGGUAUUCUUGUUGCACUUUCAGGGACUGGUGGAAUACUUGCAUCAUUGCCAUUAGUAAAAUUUGCAAAUAAAUAUGGAUGGAACGCUGCACUAUAUGGCAUUGGAGGAAUAAGUGGAAUACUAUCAGUAUUCGUACUCUUUUUCGUUAGAGGAAAUCCAAUUUCCAAAGGUUAUCAGCCAGUGAACGAUCAAUUGACUUCAUCUUCGGAUGAACCAUCUUCAUUUAAGGACAAAAUGAAACUGUUGUGGUCCAAUUUUAAGACAGUCCUUUCAUACAAAUAUUUCUGGGUAAUUACAUUAUUUAAUGCAACUUCAUCUGGUCCUUACUUUGAUGUAGCUGCAUACUGGGGAGGUCCAUAUCUCAGAGAUAUAUUAGGCUAUGAUAGCGACAAAUAUGGCACCACAAUGAUUUCAUUAUCAAUUGGGGUAAUUGCAGGAUCGUUAAUUCUUCCUAACAUCCCAAACUUAUUGCGUACAAAGAAGUGGAUGUUAGUUGCAGCAAGUACUUUUGCAAUUUCUGCAAUUAUUCCAUUGUUCGUUCGAGGCAAAAGUUUAACAAACGCUGCCAUUUGGGUUCUCUAUAUUCUAAUUGGAUUCUUCACAGCUCCUUGUAUAAGUAUAUCUUAUCCUUUAGUUUGCUCGUAUUAUCAUCCAAAAGUUGCGGGAUCUUCAGUUGGACUUGGUAACUUCUUUUUAUUCGUUGCUGCAGCAAUUUAUCAGCAGAUAUCAACUCUUGGUUUUAGAACUAAAGACGCACAAAACAAUAUUAUAAGAGAUUGGUAUGGUUACAAGUGGGGUCUCUGGUUUUUCUGUAUUGUUUCAUUAGUUAUAUCACUAAUUUGUGCUCUGAUUGCUAAAGAGACAAAAGUAAUUGAAAAAGAUCCAGCAGAUAAUGAAGAUCUAAAUGGAUCUACCCAAGAUAAGAAAGAUAGUUCUUCUAAUGAACAAAAUGAAUCAAAUACUGAAGAUUCUGGAUCAGGAGUUGAUGCAUAA